UUGUGCUCAUGACUCGGCCGUGUGAAGACACUCAUCCGCGCUAAAAGAUUGUGUGGGAGCCUCUGAGGGAGAUUUCAAAGACUUCCCCCCAAAACGGUCAUCCGGGGAUUAAGUGUGGUCUAGUUGGUGUUCCGGGGAGUGUCUGCUGUGCCUUAUUGUGCCUUUGAGGAUUUCGGUGUAAAGGAUAUGGCCUUUUGAAGUGCCUGAAGGUAUUAAGAUUGGGAUCCGUGUGUGGCUAGAAGAAGAAGUAGAAAAAAAAAGUUGUGCAAAUUGGUGAGCAUUACAUCACGUUGAAAGAUGAUGAGACUGUGGUGGAGAUCCGUGAAUCUCCUGACAUGGUGUGGUGCCUAUUUCCUCCUCCAUAUCACAAUCCUGGACAUUGUGGGUGCCUUCAAUGUAGAUACUGUGAAUUAUGUUAAGUACGAGGGACAUCAUGAUUCCAUGUUUGGAUUCAGUGUGGCCCUCCAUCAGGAAUCCCAACGGAAAUGGAUAAUUGUAGGAGCACCUCAAGCGGAUACUUCCGCUAUUCAGCCUGAAGUUGUUAAAGGUGGAGCAGUCUUCAAAUGUGAUCUUUCCUCAGAUAGUCACUGCCAAAUAAUUCCAUUCGACCGAAAUGGGCCUCAGAGAAACGAACAGAAUGAUCGAGUGGAUACAAAAUCUUUUCAAUGGUUCGGAGCAACUGUUUCCAGUUCAGGACCCGAUGGACCCGUUGUGGCAUGUGCCCCAAGAUAUGUCUUUCACACGAUGUCACCGCGCAAAGUUGAAAGAGUGGAGCCCGUUGGAACAUGCUAUUUGGCAAAGAGCAAUCUCAACGAAUUUACAGAAUAUUCACCGUGUCGAACAAUGUAUUGGGGCUAUCAUCGUCAAGGAUCUUGUCAAGCGGGCUUCAGUGCUGCAAUAUCCAAGAAUGGUGAACGAGUCUUCAUUGGUGCUCCUGGCAGCUGGUAUUGGCAAGGACAAUUGUAUUCAAUACGCGCUGGAAUUGAUUAUCCAUAUAAACCACCAAGAUAUGGACAGUACGGCGAAGGAGGUCAAAUAUACUCAACGGGAAUCUCAAAUCCAGGCACGAAGGUGUAUCAAACUAGUGAGAGUACAGCCUCUGAGGAUGACUCUUAUCUGGGAUAUUCGGCUGUUAGUGGUGAUUUUAGUGGUGAUGGAGUAGCUGGAGUGGCUGUAGGCAUGCCAAGGGGUGGUGGCUUAUUGGGAAAGGUUCUCAUUUACACGUGGAAUUUGACCAAUCAGCAAAAUAUCACAGGAGAGCAAAUUGGUGCCUAUUUCGGAUAUUCACUUGCAGCUGUUGAUGUCGAUGGGGAUAAACUUGAAGAUUUAAUUAUUGGGGCACCAAUGUACACAGAGCCCAAUAAUGAGGGGAAAUAUGAGAUGGGCAGAGUGUACAUUAUGUAUCACAAUAAGAAAUUCCAGGAGCUCGAUACACGAGAUGGCACAACGUCCAAGGGACGCUUUGGCCUAGCAUUAACAUCUCUGGGUGAUAUUAAUCUCGAUGGCUAUGGAGAUUUUGCAGUGGGGGCACCCUAUGAUGGACCACGUGGUCAGGGUGCUGUACACAUAUUCUAUGGUUCAAGCAAAGGACCUCUGCCAAAGGCUUCUCAAAUAAUCUAUGCUGAAGAUGUUGUUGGAACUCCCUAUCUGACAACCUUUGGCUUCUCCCUGGCUGGAGGAGUUGAUUUGGAUGGGAAUCGGUAUCCGGAUCUCGUGGUGGGUGCCUAUGAAGCUAGCAAAGCUAUUGUGUUCAAAUCACGCCCCGUUGUGGUACUUCAUGCCAAUGUUGGCUUCGAAACUGACAACAAAUUGAUCUCGCUGGAUGAGAAAAAUUGUACCACAUCAAAUAGGCAGAAGGUCACUUGUGCUGUUAUUAAUUCAUGCCUCAGGUAUGGUGGUAUCAAUGUGCCACCGACAAUUGACAUUGAAAUCUCGUGGGUGUUGGACUCAAAGAAGCUCAGACAGCCACGGAUGUUUUUCCUCAAUGAGGAAAAUAGAAACAUUAGAAAUGCAUCGAUGAGACUCUCGAACGGGAAGAGCGACUGUCGGAAGGAUCGUGUGUACAUUCCGGAUAACAUUCGCGAUAAAUUAACAUCACUGGAAGUUGAGAUGAAAUACAAUUUGCGAUCACAAUCCCCGCCACCCCUUCAGUCAAUCCAAUCUCGACGCCGACGUGCUGCACUCGAGCCAAUUCUCGAUCACAAUCUGGGACUCAUUCAGCGUGACUCUAUUCAUAUACAGAAGAAUUGUGGACCAGACAAUGAAUGCAUUCCAGAUAUUCGAGUUGAGAUCAAAACUGUAGAUAAAUUCUUGCUGGGAUCUAAGGAUUUGCUGACAUUUGAAGUACUUGUAGCUAAUGGUGGUGAAGAUGCUUUCGAAACGAGCUUCUACAUGACAAUUCCACCCAGUGUCAAGUAUAAGAAUCUCAAGCCAAUUGGUGAUGCACCAGACACACCAAUCACUUGUACAGCUCCCACAGAGGAGACACAUCUGCUGAAGUGUGAUCUGGGUAAUCCCUUCCCGUCUGGCAAGGCCGUACGAUUCGAAGUGGCCCUAAAUCCAACAUACAGCUCCAACAUGGAUCCCAGCUAUGACUUUUACAUUGAGGUCAAUUCGACGAAUCCCGAACGUGAGGGCAGCAACUAUGACAACAUCAUCCGGAAGAAUGUUGGCAUCUGGUUGGAGACCGAUCUCAAGAUCAGUGGAAAAUCCCAACCGGAAGAGAUUCACUACAACAUUUCGCAAUACACAGAUUUUGAGAAUGCAACAUCUGAGCAUGAUUUGGGUCCUCAAGUGGCCCAUGUGUACGAUAUUCAGAAUUUGGGACCAUCUGUUGCUGAUGAAGUGGAGAUUUACGUCAUGUGGCCAUUUGAGACACAAAGCGGUGAGCCACUCAUGUACAUGCUCUCACCGCCAGAACUCAAUGGUAACAUUUACUGCGAUCCCAGUGCCUAUAUCAACUACAAGCGCAUUGAGAUGGAUCGUUUGCUGGUCACCAAGAGCAUUCUCAAGCAGAUUGGUGUUCAGGAAAGGGUGAGUACACACCAUCGGUCCUCGAGUCAGGGACAGCAUUCAGAAGUGACAGUGGAACAUGGCCAGAGGGUAGGAGGAAGUGCACGGGGUUCAAGUUACUACGGAAAUAGGAGAUUGAGUGAGGAAGAGAAGAAGAAAUUGGAUGCUGAGGAGAAUGUAGAGUCAACAGGGGAUGCUUCCAUGGUGCACAGAGAUCGUAGCUCACAGCAGGCUGCGGCUGGUGGAUGGUCAAGUGGAAGAGCAGGCCAUGGAGGUGCACAUUUUCAGCAUUCUUGGAGUUCAUCUCAGGGAGGUGGUGGUGGUUCGAGGUAUUCUUCGUACAAUGGCUCCUACGGCGGUGGCGAAAGUCGCAGAAUUGCAUCUGCUUACCAAGUUUCCACCACUUCAGCACCAUUCACCAGGCCAACGCCUACGCCAACGAUCUACCGAGCGGGAAUGUACAGAUUGGAUGAUAUUCCCACGGAGGAGCAUGUCAAUCAGGAUAUCUCGCGGCUGAAUGCAAGAACUGAAACAUCCACAGUGAGUUCAGGACGAAGACGGAUGAUGAGUCAGCAAGAUGGAGAACCACCGCGGCCAGAUCUCAUCACAGGGGCUUCUCCACUUGAGAAAGCCGUCCAAGGAGCUGGCCAUGGACAAUUCCACACGGCAACUGUUGAUCUGGGACAAUUGAGUAGGUCAAAUGUAGACGAUGAAAUCCACCGUCGUGGUCAGGCAGCACAUAUUGCCAAUUCCUACAAUUCCGGAGCCCAUGGGCAAACCUACAACUACCACCAGCAGGCUGGUGGAGGAAGUCGAACAGCUUCCUCUCAAAGUUCAUCACAAGCUUCCUCGGGAUUCAAUCAGGGUCGUCAGUCUUCGUCAACUUGGCACGUGGGAAGCCCAGAUCCUCUCAGUGAAGAAGACGAUUACACAUUUGAGGACUAUGAUGACGAGGACAAUGGACAUCCGGCAGGAUAUAAGCCCACUCAUCAUGGGAGAGUUCCUGACCGAUUCCAGCACUACAGACGCUUCCAGAGAUCUCCGGAAGAUGAUGAUUUGGCCGAAUUGGAGAAGGAAUUGCAUUGCAAUGUGACAAAAUGUGCAGUGCUCAAGUGCAUUGCCUACAAUCUUGUCAAGGAUGACAAUGUUUACAUCGCUAUAAGGACUCGUCUUGUGGCCAAAACACUUGAUAAGCUAACUCUGAGCACUCCUAUUGAUCUCUCUACGAAAACCGUGGCUAGAGUAACGAGGCAGCCUUUCAUUGGGGAACCCAAGGAGAAGCCUAUUAAGUCAUUUGAGGUGCCUGUAAUGGCAAUCCCUGAACCUAUUUUAAAGCCAGAUGUUGUUCCUCUCUGGGUUGUUGUUUUGUCUGCUUGCGCUGGUGCAAUCAUCCUCUUACUCCUCAUCUAUCUCCUGUACAAGUGUGGCUUCUUCAAUCGAAAUCGCCCGAAGGAUCACUCGCAGGAGAGGCAACCACUGAAUCGCAAUGGCAAUUACCACGGAGAUGAACAUCUGUAGGAGCUGAAAAAAACAUACGACGAAUCUUUCUAAUAUAAAUCCCCUCUCUAUCUCUCCCACUUAAUCUUCGUUUUUUAUCCCUUUUUGUCCCCCCGACUCUUUUUUUUUUUUUAAAUAAUUUCUUUACAAGAAAAAUGUACUGUAAAAGUUUCUACUAAUUAACUGUUGAUAUUAAUUAAGAUUUAUUUUUUUUCGUGGCGAGAGGACGAUGAAACAAAAAAUGAGAUUGCAAUUUUUAUGUGGUAGUGAAUUAAUUUCUAUAUUUAUUAAUUUUUACCAAUUGUAAUGAACAAAUUAAUUAAAUUAAAACCAAAAUGCGUUAUUACUAAUGAUUGUAUAGUGAGAUAAAAAAAACUCGUGAAUCUCUGCAAAUUAUUGUAAAUUUAGGAUGAAAUUUUGAGUGCCAUUAAAAAGUGACUUGUAGGUUAUUCUUAAAUCGCUUUUUGUGCAGUCUGUACAAUAAUAAAACGAAUAAUAGAUUUAUUUCUAGGUAACAAA